CAUUCAUAGAAAUGUCUUAAAAUUAAAAUUAAAUAAAUAAAUAAAGGUUUUAGUUAGUUCUCGUCAGAUUGUUUCCUGCCUAUAUAAUCCACAAUACCCUUUGCCAAAUCUUCACUCAAACUCUCAGACCACCGACAGUUUCCAUUUUUCGAACAACAAAAGCCAAAAGAAAGUUUCGUUACUUUAAAAAAUGAAUAUGGAGAUUAUCUCAGAGUCAGAGUUCAACAUCGUUGAAUCUUUUCAACACUAUCUCCUUGAUGAUUUUGAUCAAUCUCCAGCAACAACAACUUUCAGAAGCAAUAAUAAUUUUGUUCUUGAACCUUCCUAUAACAGGAGUUCAAGUUUUAGUAGUAUUUUUUUGAAUGAAAGUUGGGGUGAUUUACCUUUAAAGAUGGAUGAUUCCGAGGAUAUGCUGGUUUACAGUGCUUUGCGUGAUGCGGCAAACUCUGGGUGGAGUCCUUCGAACGAGGUUGAUUCAACAAGUACGCUGGCAGAGACGGUUGAAGAAGUGUUCUCCAGGGAAGAGAAGGAAGAAACCUUUAAAGUGGAGACUGAAACCAAUGUGCUGCCACCGAGGGGGAUGCAUUUUAAAGGAGUGAGAAGAAGGCCAUGGGGGAAGUACGCGGCGGAGAUCAGGGACCCUAAAAGGAAUGGUGCGAGGAUUUGGCUUGGAACUUACGAGACGCCUGAGGAUGCUGCUUUGGCUUACGAUAGAGCCGCUUUCAAAAUGCGUGGGGCUAAGGCCAAGCUCAAUUUUCCUCACUUGAUUGGCUCUAACACUUCGGAGCCAAUUAGAGUAGGCUCAAGGCGCCGCUCACUGGAACCUUCAGCUUCUACUGUGUCGUCCGGAUUGAGCGAUUACUCACCAAACCCGAAGAAGAAGAUUAGGAAGAGUGCAAGUAACUCCGAGACUACAGCGGCCAACCUGCAGAGAAAUGCCAGUUUAGCUGCAGAGGUGAUUCAAAUGAGUCCUUGGAUACUUGGAGACCAGUUUUGGAUUGUCUAG